CUCUGGACCCUAAAACAGAACCCCCCAAAACACCUGUUUCUCUACGGCAAGGAGUCAUUCUGUCUAAUCCUUUGCUACAGAAAAGCAGGAAAACGACCUUAGAUUUAAGACCAUGGAACCACACACCCUGCCUGGAACUCUACGCUCUGCCUAUGGAGAGCCAGGUCCUUCUUCCACCGAAACAAACCAAGAGAGCAGAACUGGCAGCAAGCAAUCUGCUCCUCCUAGCCCGACCAUAGCUGAUAUUCUUGUUGCCAAAGGCGUUGAUGCUGUUACGCAAUUCAGCGCUCAAAUGCUCCAGUCAGGCAUUGACUCUCUUGUUGAAAAGGCGACAGGCAUAUUCUUCAAGGCUCCUGUCACGUCUACUUCGACAGUCUGGGAUUCGAAGUCCGUCGUAGACGCCUGCAAGUCUCGUGGUCUACCCUCCGAUAUUGAAAGUCGUGCAGCGUUAUACAAGGGUCUCGGAGGUGCCGGUGUUUAUUCGCCUACAGCAAAAGGAAACGACAUGCUUCGCGCGAUGAUUGAGCGCAAGCUUUGA